AUGUACCAAAGCCUGGCCCUCACCUCCAACCACGGCCAGUCCGCCUACACUCAUGACUCUCGGCCAACUUCCUCCACCACCAGCCCUCCGGUCUACGUGCCCACCAGCCGGGUGCCCGCCAUGCUACAGCCCCUGCCUUACCUCCAGAGCUGUGAGAGUGCCCACCAAGGGCACCACCUGGGCAGCCAUCCGGGGUGGCCACAGACGGCUAACGAGAGCCACGCUUUCAACGGCAGCAGCCCCCAUACCCCCUCCGGCUUCACCUACUCCCACAGCCCACCGGUGGGAAACAACACUGGCAGGGAGGGAGCCUACCACCACCAGAGCCCCCUGAUGCUGAGCGGGGGCACCCGGGAACAGUAUGGCAAUGCCCUGGUACGUUCCGUCAAUGGCUCCUACUCCACGCCGUACCCCUAUGUCAGCCCGGACAUGACACCGACCUGGGCACAGGGCCACUUUGACGGCACCAUGCUGCACACCCUGCAGGGGAGAUCGGCCUUACAGGGCAGGAGAUCCAGUCUAGAAUUCCUCGAAGAUUUCCAUGCUGAGGGCAGGGAAUGCGUCAACUGUGGGGCAAUGUCUACACCUCUGUGGAGACGAGAUGGCACUGGACACUACCUGUGUAAUGCUUGCGGACUGUACCACAAAAUGAAUGGAAUCAACAGGCCACUUGUGAAGCCUCAGAAAAGGCUGUCUUCCUCUCGACGUGCCGGACUCUGCUGUACAAAUUGCCACACAACUACCACAACCUUGUGGAGGCGAAACUCAGAUGGAGAACCAGUGUGCAACGCCUGCGGCCUUUACAUGAAAUUACAUGGGGUUCCUCGACCUCUAGCCAUGAAGAAAGAAAUCAUACAGACACGAAAGAGGAAGCCCAAAAAUGUUAAGGGAAAGAACUCCACAGGGUCAUCAGCCUCGGCUAAUACCUCACCGUCCUCAGUUACAACAGACACUACACCGGUAUUAAAAACAGAACCCGCUCUCUCUGUACAGUACUCGGGGCAGGGAAUGGGAGCUGCUUCCCAGGGUCAAACAGAUGAUCUUGUACCUGGGUCCCAUGAGCUAAAAUUUAUUUCAGAUGAAUACCCCUUCAGUCAAACUGGCUUGAGCCAACAGUCAGGAAUCAAUGUUCCUCUUCGUCAGGACUCAUGGUGUGCACUAGCGCUUGCUUAA